CAUUAUCACGCAUUUGGGACCUAAAAUACGAUGGGAGAUAAGGAGGACUCUGGUGGAGGUGAUACUUCAGUCCAAGGAGGCAGCUCAACCCAAGAUUCUGGCAUUGCAGCGCAAAGGGGAGCGCAUACAAGCCAGGGGUCACUGCUUAAGGAGGUGCUGAAGAGCUUCACCAUUGAGAAGUUCUCUGGAGAUGGCUAUGACGAUUGGGCAUGGAAGAUGCAGCUCUACUUUCGACAAAUUGGCCUCUUGAAGCUCAUGAUUGGAACGGAGCCAAGGCCAAAGGAAAUGGCAGAGCAAGCGGACUGGGAUGAACGUUCAUCUGCUGGGUAUUAUCUACUGUCACAAAGCUUGGAGCUGAACCAGAGGCAUCACAUCAUGCAUCUGCUACCGGAAAUUGAUUGUGGGCCCAAGGCAUGGGCAGUGCUCAAGGACCUGCACGCUCCGACAUCGGUUGCCGCUUCUCUCAUGCUGGAUCGGGAGCUGUCCAUGCUGCGGUUGAGCGAGAAUGAACCUGUGCAGCCCGUACUGGACAAGAUGAGGGAACUCUACGCGAAAUUGGCGAUUGCAGGCAUCACGUACCCUGAGCAGACUAAGUGUCUCAAGAUGCUCAGCCUGCUGCCCGAGUCUUGGCUGCAAUUUAUAAGCGGACUCAGCUUGCCACAAAACCAAAGUCAAUGGACAUUGGAGUGGAUUCGCACCAAGAUUCUGGAAGAAGAUUUUCGUCGCUAUACACUGCGUGGAGGUGAUGACAGCACCAGCGGCUAUGCCAUGCAAGGGACAUGGAGGGAUCGAGGGCGUGGCAAUCGCGGUCGCUCCUACUACAACCAAGGUGGUCGCGGGACUUGGAACCAGCGGGGGCGUGGUGGCGCUGGUGCAAGAGGAAGAGGUGGUCACUUCAACAAUGACAACAGUGAACCACGCUUGAGGGGAGAGUGCUGGUAUUGCAAGGAAGAAGGGCACCCAUGGUUUCGCUGCUCUACCAAGCCCGACUGGUGGACCCCUUGGAACCAAUCGCAAAAGGGGAAUGGAGGAAAGCAACCACAAGGAGGUGCCAACAUGGUAGCUGAUCCUGCUGAAGAAACCUCCAAGGAUGACAGAGGAUUGGGAAAUGAGGAGAGGAAUGCUGGACAGUUCUACCAUGUGUGUGACAAAGAUGACAGUGGCACAGCUGUUGCAAGGGCUGGAGAGGAACUGCACCCGCUUGACAUGUGGGUCAUGGACUCUGGUGCUGCAUGGACAAUGACACCACGCAAGGACUUGCUGGAUGCUGUGCGAGCGCCUCCAAUCUCCGAAGUGCGCUCAGCAUCCGGACAUGCAGUGAAGGUCGCUGGAGUUGGUCGAGCUGCAUUCAGAGCACCUGAUGGUGGACUGGUUGUGCUGAAGGACGUGUUACUCGUACCGGGGCUGAAGGCCAAUCUGAUAUCGCUGCGCAAGCUAGGCCAGGCCGGAGUCAGCACCACCACCAAUAGAUCCAAAACAUUCAAGGGGCUGCGAGGAGAUUGUGUGUUAUGGGAUUUACACGAAAGCAGAGAUGUCUUCAGAUCCAUGUGGCAGAUCCCUGCACUGAUAUGGGAAUCAACAAAGAAGGAGUUGGGAGCAGUAAAGGCGGGAUCUGGAGUCCAGGGGGAGUGCAAUGCAGUUAGUGCUGCAGGAGUGACGGUUUCUGCAAGGUCGGGGGAGACUGAUUGGGAAACCGCACACAGGCGUCUAGGGCAUGUGGCUAUGCCAUUGCUGCAGCAACUGCAUAAGGAAGAAGCAGUGAAGGGGCUGAAGCUUUCUGGGCAACCAAAUGAUACCAAGUGCGAGACGUGUCUGCUGAGCAAGUUCACACGGUUCCCCUUUCACGGCGUAGCUGGGAAAAGCAAGGCAGCACUGGAACUGGUGCACAUGGACCUGGUAGGACCUUUUCCAGUUCGAGGAAGUAAGGGGGAAAGGUACUUCCUGACAAUAGUUGAUGACUGGAGUCGGCUGAUGUGGGCAUACCCGUUGAAGCAGAAGGAUCAUGCUGCCUCAACAAUACGAGAUGACUGGCUGCCGUUCGUCGAGCGACAAUCUGGGCACCCAUGCAAGAGCAUCAGAACCGACCGAGGUGGAGAGUUUCUAGGAGGAGAUCUGACUGCGUGGCUCAAGAAACAAGGCAUUGAGCAUCAGCUAACGACGUCCUAUACCCCUCAGUCAAAUGGCGUUGCUGAGAGGGCUAAUAGGACCAUCCUGGAAACUGCGCGAGCGCUGCUGAUCGAAUCAGGGCUGGGGAACUCCAUGUGGCCUCAUGCGGUGAGGCAUGCUACAGUGGCAAGGAACCGCGUACUCACAAAGGUAGCUGAUGAUAUGUGGGUGCCGCUGGAGAGGUGGCUUGGAAAGAAGCCUCCAGUGGACAUGCUCAGAGUGUUCGGAUGCAUGGCAGUGGCGCAUGUCCCUAAACCGUACAGGACAAAGCUUGGAGCAUCUGCACUGUGGUGUGUGCACCUUGGACUUGCGGCAGAGAGUAAGGGGUGGCUACUCUGGGAGCCCUCGAAGAAUGUGCUGUUUGACAGUCGGGAUGUCAAAUUUGUGGAGAACAUCAUGUAUGGCAAGUGGGAGAAGCAGCCGGAGGCAAGGGUCACCCAGCAGCUGGAAGAGAUCACUAUGCACUUCGAUUUGUCCGAACCUGAGGACAGCGAAGUCACUGCGCCAACGGCAAGCGGUACUGAUGAAGGAAGCAAUGAGGAUAUUGCAGCUGAUGCUGAAGUCAAGGAUCCGGAGCAGCAGCAGCAAGAGGCUUCCAAAACACCAAGUCUGCCAAAGCGAAGGAAACAGAUUGGUGGGGGGACAAAGGAUUGGGUGAAGGUGAAAGAUUGGGUAAAUCCAACCAUCUACCCUGCACGUACCAGAAUGGCAACGAGAAAGCUGCUGAGCUCUACAAGUGGAGGAGCCACAACUGAGCAGCAGGAACAGGCUCAAGGCGAAGAUGCAGUGCUGUUCUUGGGUAAUGACCAAGAGUCAGAUGACGAGGAGCCUGCAUACUGCUUUUACGCACCAAUACAACCUCCGAGCAUGGAUCAUGCGCUAGCCGGGCCUCAACGGGGGAAGUGGCUCGUUUCAAGAGAUGCAGAGUACAACAGCCAGAUGGAGAAUCACACAUGGGACCUGGUGUACUUGCCAAAUGGGAAGAAGGCAAUACAGUGCAAGUGGCUGGCAAAAAUCAAGACGGAUGAGAAAGGAGAGCCAUCAGUUUACAAGAGCAGGCUGGUGGCAAAGGGGUUUCAGCAGAAAGAGAAAGAAGAUUACAAAGAAGCCAUCUAUGGCUUGAAGCAGGCCCCGAGAUGCUGGUACAACAGGCUGGCCAGUGCACUGGAAGGGAUUGGAUUCCGUGCGAGUGCAUGCGACGAAAGCCUAUUCCUGAUGGGCGAGGGGGAGUCGCUUGUGCUUCUGCUGGUGUACGUGGAUGACAUCCUGCUCUUCAGCAGCAGUGACAAGGAGAUCGAUGGGGUGCAGCGGAAGCUCACAGAGCAGUUCAAGUGCAAGUCACUUAGAGAGGCAAGCAACAGCCAGCCGACUUCCUUACUAAGCGGCUAGCUGAAGAGCCACACUGGCGCUGUGCGAGGAUGGCGGGAAUGUCCUUGAACUAGAGACGGCGAAACAAGCCGACAGUCUGAGGGGGGGUGUGUUGGUGCAUAUUCGUUUGCACGUCAUCCUGUCGUCUGUUCGCAUCAUUUCGUUGCAUGUGUUUUGUGUGCUACAUUGUUUGUAUGGUUUGUUGGGUUUGCAUGUCUUUGCAUGUUCAUCUUGUGCUUGUGCAGAUGUGCUUGGAUUGUGCAUGACAUCGAGCACAUUCCAACGAGCCAAGAAUUGUUGGAAUCGGAGCACAUAUGAAGAAGUUACGAAGAAAUGUUUGGUGGAUUUGUUACAACUCAU